CCAACGUCGUUAUAUCACACGUUUGCAUAUCAUUUUUACGCAUGCGUAUCGUUUGUUUUCAUCUGUCGCAUCUAGAUCCCGUGGCGAACAGUUGUUUGGUUAUUCGAUCUUUCGCUUAUUAGUAAAUUAAAUUAAUUUGAAAAUGUCGGGAAAAUCUAAAGCAUUUACGAAAGAGGAGGAGCUACUGCUACAGGAUUUCUCCAGAAAUGUCUCAACGAAAUCCUCGGCGUUAUUUUAUGGCAAUGCUUUCAUCGUUUCGGCGAUACCCAUUUGGUUAUUUUGGAGAAUACACUUAAUCGAUCUAUAUUCCAAUUUAAUCUCUUUUGUAUUAGUUACAUUAGCAAGUACAUAUGCUCUUGCAUUGGCAUAUAAAAAUACCAAAUUUAUCCUCAAGCAUAAGAUUGCUGUAAAAAGAGAAGAUGCUGUAACGAAGGAAAUAAGCCGCAAACUUGCAGAAGAUAAGAAGAUGAGCAAGAAAGAAAAGGAUGAAAGGAUUUUGUGGAAAAAGAACGAAGUGGCGGAUUACGAGGCAACAACAUUUUCAAUUUUCUACAAUAACGCUCUUUUCUUGGCAUUUGUUAUUGUAUCUUCAUUUUAUAUUCUGAAAACAUUCACACCUGCAGUAAACUAUAUACUUUCAGUAGGAGUUACUAGUGCAGUCUUAGCAUUAUUAUCAACAGGAUCUCAGUAAUGUAUAUUAUCUAAUAUAUAUAUAUAUAUAUAUAUAUAUAUAUAUAUAUAUAUAUAUAUAUACAUUCUACUUAACUUGUUUCAUAAGAUUGAUUCUUUGUCAAUUUGAUUUAUCUAUUUUAAUAUAAACACAAUCAUAGAUAAUAAACAUUUCCAUUUAUAUUAAAAAAACUA